GUAGCGUGGUACACAAAAAAACCAUUCGAUCUGAUAAGGAUCAGGAAAUGUGGAGACCACACGUGUGUGAUAAGAUCGAAGUGUCGGCACUUGACCAAUUCUUCAGACACAGAUUUGGUCGUUCUAGGCAGCCCUAUUUCCACUCAAGCUUUCUCCUUCAGACGGGACGCCGACCAAUAAGCCGAUCAACUCGGAUUCUGUCUGGUUUCACGGGUGACGCGGCCGUCGUUGUCAUCCCCCCACUUGGCGUGACGAUAGCUCCGAGCCGGCGGACUAUAAUAAAGGAGCUGUAGCUAAGUCAUUUGGGUUUCUCACGAGGCUCAAGAAAGGAGAACGGGAAGGGAAAUACGCGAGUCAUGGCAGGGCCUACUAUGCCUGUGGUUCUUCUGAGAGCCUUUGUACUGCUUUUCGCACUCCAUGUCCCCAGCAUCAUCGCCUCGGAGCUCAACUUUCCACCCAAUGCCAAUCACAUCUUCAAUGCGAUUCAUUCCUCCAUGCGCCAGUGGGGGUCCUCGUUGCACCAUAAUGGUAUGUCCUUUUUCCUGGCCACCGUGCCGAAAGGAACCCAACUGUACCACGGAAAUUCCUCCCCGGGCCCAGUGAACGGAACGGAAUGGUUAGCCUUCGAGCCAGAGCAUGCUAUGGUCUUCGCAAGACCCCAUCAUGGCCCUCCCCCGGGCAAAGGUCCAUACAAGCGGUCCCAACUGCCGCUCAAGCCGGAACAUAUGGAAUCAGGAAAAGAUCAAGAUAGGGAUCAAGAUAAGCCAGGAUACCUCCAUACAUACACGGCCGCAAAGGACUUGCGACUACUGUACCUCGACGGAAUGUCGGCUGCCAAAACAGAAAAUGGAACACUCGACUCUCAGGAUCGGAUUCUGCUUCGCGAUGCACUCGAGGGUAGGCCCGGAAUGCUGGAGGAUGAACGGGCGGAACUUAUCUGCCGCAUGGCUCGGGACAACUACCAAGGCCGUCUGGACGGUGUCAUCCGUAUGGAGGCCGGGUUCGAGAUAAUCCUUUGUGAUUUCGCCAGGGACCUCGAUGAGAUUCGGGUCACUCAGGUGAAGUCGGAUAGAAAAGGCCCCGGCCCGCGUGGAGGCAAGGGCAAGAAGGGCCCCCUUUUUGGGGCAAUGCUCUGGUACAAAGCUAUCGCAGCACGGUACGAUGGAAUCGGGAGCAAUAGGGUCAUCCUCAACUAUGACCAUUUUGUGACGGCGUAUGUCUAUGGUCUGGAUUUGUUUCGUUCCUCGGGUAGCAAUAGCAACGUACUGCCCCGGUUGCAUCAUCUCUUUGCCGAUGAGCUGGGCCCGAUUCGGAGCGAUCUGGACCAUCUCAUCAUGAACCAUGAUCCUAGUGAGACCUCAUUUAACUGGCAGGGAGUUGCAGAUAUGGUAGUGCAACGAUACGCGCAAGAGCUGAGCUACCUGGUCUCUGGACAGCUAUCAACGCUGCAGGCACUUCACGAGGAAAUCGAGAACAGUCUCGGCCCCUUCAUCGACUAUGACGAUCGCAAUACAUCUCUGGAGGCCCACCGGUGCAGCAUGCAGUUUGUACCUGCAGGUGCUCCCUCAGAUGGGCUGGCCAGCGAUGCCGUUCGAUCCGUUACCCACAGUAUCUGUUCGGCGAUGAUCGAGGCCUGGAAGCAAACAGACUACGACACAGCGGUCGCCCAACUUCAGAGUCUGAUGGACUACUUGUCCUGGACCACAUGGAAGGAAUGUAAGGGAUGUGCCGACAACGAAAUUUGCGUGAUUCCCAUUUGGCCCAUGGGAACAGUCGAGGACUAUGAGCACCCGCAGUGUCGAGAUGCGUCGAGGCCGAGUGGCGAGGGACGACGCUACUGGGGUGAGCCUGGAGGUCCCAGAGGUCCCGGAAGGCCUGAAGGACCCCGACAGUCAAGCUGGCUACAGAGAAUGCUACACUACCUGCAGGCAAUGAUUCGAUAGAGUCGUGCACCUAUUUGUCAACGAGCGAUGACCCUGUAAAUUCUGCCGGAUGCACCGUUGCGGGAUAUUCUUUUUUUUUUCUUGCCAUGUAUUUCACUUACCCUAUUUUUAUUCUUUGACUAUAGAAUCCACU